AUGUGGAGAUGCGGAAUGAUGCCACGCACGAGGGUGUUACGGUUUGUAUGGAAGCAAAGCUACCGCGACCUUCUCCCUCCUGCUGCCGCUUCGGCGUAUGUGUGCGGUCAACUGCGUUGGUGUGACUCGUGCGAUGGGGGCGGCGUGCCAGCUGUGCUGGAGAGCCCAUCUGACGCUGCCGGCGUCUACUCGUUUUUUUCUCAAUCCACGGCGUCGGCGGUGCGUGCAUUGCGUGAUGUCACACGCUCCGCUCAUUCACUGUCCAUCACCGAUCGCCGUCUCGCCCUUGACGGUCUGGCUGUGUUGCUGAGGGAGAAUGCGGAUUUACUCGCCUCCGCGGAUGCAUUGGUCACGGGGAUGUGCCUGCGUGACGCACGUCGUUCUCUCGAUGCGGCACUCAACUUUAUUUUGUUCUGCGAGCAGCGGUUGCGCACACCCACAGCGGCAGCAACAACAGCAGUAAUAAUGAAGGAUGCGGCUUCUGUGGAUGCGGAGGAGGUUCUCCAUUCGUUUGGGUGCGGCGGCGCCAAUAUCUGUGGUGAUAGCCAUUCUGUUAGCACACUCACUGGGAAGUCUUCUGUGGCGUUGUGUGUGACGGCAGCGAAUUACCCACUCCAGUGGGGCAUGGAGACGGUGGCGACUGCACUCUUGCGAGGGAGUGCGGCCGUGUGGCUGCCUUCGCUUGACACACCACUAUCAGCGCUUUGGCUCAUGCAUCUUCUGCAUCGCAGCAACAAGAAUGUCGUGGCAGACUCACGAGGGGCGGUGAACAUUAUUCUUUGCCGCGCCGACGACGUGGUGGCGGCAUUUUCUCGGCAACAGGAGAGCGGUUUGUCCAUUGUGGGGCUGAAGAACGGCUUUAGGGACCACCAGCUAAGCCGCAACCACCAAGCACAUGGCAUUCCAUCUGCAAUUAGUCAUGGGAGCAUCUCAUGCAUCACACGUUGGUAUCACCGCGUCAUGAAGCCUUCCUUAGCCGUUGUGGGAUCAGGUCAUCAUCAUACAGAGACGAUGGCAGUACGACUCGACGCGUCACGGGUGGCAGCACUUAUCUGUCAACAUGCAUUUCAUGGCAACGGGAGAAUGCUAUACGCCCUUCACAUUGCAUUUGUUCCUAAGCAGGAUGUUCUGCCGGUGCUACAGAGUGUGGUGCAAUAUGUGCGUAAUUUGCGUCUGGGCCACAGCCUUGAUCCAAGUGUCAACAUGGGACCCCUUCCUGGUGCAGCGCACAUGGCUGCAAUGAAGGAAACUGUCGAGGCGGCAGUAUGCUGCGGCGAUUUCAAACUUCAACAUGUUUGUGGCGGCUUUGAUGUUGCCAUGCCUGCGGGAUUUUUUUGUCUUCCAUGUGCCUUUUACGCGACUGUUGCCAACGUGACGCCUGCUGGGACGGAAAUGUCCAUUCGCGUCCUGUGCGAAACCACCGCGCGGCUACGAUUUGGGUUGGACCGUCUUGGCGGUGGCCCGUUCGUAGUUGUCUGUGGGUACGAUCCACCACAGCAACGGGAGGCACUCGAGGUGGUCCUCCGUGAAAAGGAGCAGUACGUGCUGCAUUACUGGUGA